CCGCCCUCCCCUCCCCCCGAACCGUCAGCACCAUGUUGCACAACGCCGAGCAGCGACCCCAGCGCGGCCUCGUCACCCUCAUGGUCAUGCAGUGGGGCCAGUUCACCGACCACGACAUCGUCCCACACUCCUGAAAGCUGCUCUGG